UUUGGUUACUAGUGAAGAACGUAUUUCUAAGUUUGGAAUUAUAGCCCUUAUUAUCUUCCAAUAGAUUCUGGGCGCAGAGCGGGAAAAAAUGUGCGGACUACGUAACUUCCGUUACCUCAUUAGUCGCCAUGAAUAUGCAGAUGAUCUAGUUCAGGUCGAUAGAGAAAGUUUACUUGGGGAACUGCGGGUUAUAUCGUUGGCCAUUGAUAGAUGGGGAACUAUCCGGACUGUUGAAUGCUUUAAAACGUCACACUAUCAUCAUGUGACAAUACCGUUAUCCUGCUAUCACCAGCAGCCACGUACAUCACUCGAUAACCCACUAACAGUGUAACACAACAUUCAGCUCCACAUCUAGGACUGUAUAUAUUAAUCUCUGAACGCCUACGAUGGCAGCGUUGCUGUUGCUGUUUGUGACGCUGUUGUCACAUGUCCUGCCCUCAUAUGAAAUCGGUGGCGGAUGCAUCGCGGAACAGCUUCACUCUAGAGAAGAAAUCAACCGGAACUACGAACUACAGUUCCCAGUAAAUCCCUCCCCGAGUGUACAAGCCGUACAUCUCUCUCUGAAAGGCACAACAGCCAUGCGUGUCACCUGGCUGAACCCGACCACGUGGUCCAGCGACGCUGACUACACACCCGGAUGUAUGUAUGGUUCAUCAGUUACCUCCCUUGACGUUAACGCGACCGGUGAAGCCUAUUCCUACCCUGACGGCAUGUUUCUCUGGGUACUGAACACCGCCAUCUUGAAGCUGACGUCAGUUCCGUCUCCUACGGGGAUUUACUAUUACAGAUGCGGAGAUCCCCAGUUCGGCUGGAGCAGCAUCUUAAAUUUUACUUUGCAGUCACCAAAUACUAGGAACGCCACACAAGCAAAUAUGGAGUCGCUCCAUACCAAUUCCGUGGUUGAGAUAGCAAGCGCUGCACCGGCUAUAGCAAUGGUGGCCGACAUGGGCGUGACGAAGGGCGAGGACACAAUGGCGUCCAUUACAAAGCAUGUCAACAGUGGGGAGGUUCAACUUCUCGUUCACGCCGGUGACAUCAGCUACGCUGACAAGUUCGGCGGCAAGAACCACAACAACAGCGAGGUGUGGGUUGAGUACAUGAACCGGCUUCAACCAAUUGUGUCACGUGUUCCCUACAUGGUUGCUCCUGGCAACCACGAGCGUCAGUUUGAGUUUGCGGCCUAUUUGAACUGGUUGAAGAUGCCAUCUGAAGAGAGCGGGUCGGCGUCCCCCUUUUGGUACUCCUUCGAUUACAUGGGCGUCCACUUCGUUGCCUACUCCACCGAGCACGACUUCAGCCCCAACUCCACGCAGUAUCUGUGGAUGGAGCAGGAUCUGAAGAAGGCCAAUCAGAACAGAGACAAUGUGCCUUGGGUGAUGGUGUUUGGCCACCGCCCACUCUACUGUACCAGUAUCGUCUGUUUCGAGAGGUGCGACGUAGAGGCUCCGCGUUUCCGUGACAACCUCGAGGACCUCCUCUACUACCAGAACGUGGACAUCUACAUGAGUGGCCACAACCACCAGUACGAGCGCUCCUACCCCGUCUACAAGAAGCUGAUAUCCCAGACAGACUACACCAACUCCCUGUCCCCCGUCUACAUCGUGAACGGCGCUGCGGGGAAUCCCGAGCUGAAUGACCCAACGUUCAUGCCCUUCGUGAAGUGGCGGGCAUUCGACGAGCCGACGUUCGACACGGGGUACUUGCUCAUGCGGCCGUCGAGGUGGCAGAUCCAGUUCGAGUACAUCCUCAGCAAAUCCGACAAGGUCGUCGACACCUUCACUAUGUCAAAGACCCCUUACUGACCACACGCGAACUACCUGCAAUCUAUCCUCGAUUAUCUAGUGCAUUAUAUCGUAUUACGAUUAAUACCCUGGGCCCUUUCGACACCAUAGCUACGCUUCGGAAAUGAAUUAUAUUUGAAAAACAAAAUAAAUAAGUAUAUUUAUAA